AUGUCGAAGUAUCAGCCGUUCAAGUUCAUCUGGGACAAAUACAACUGGCACGCCUUCUUCCUACGGAAGGAGCGCGUUUACGACAAAUUCUACACAGUUGGUGUUGUGACACUCGUUGGAGUGACAAUCUACCAAGGCAUCUCCACGUUCCAGAACUGGAACGCGACUCUGCAGCGGCUGUAUGUACACUACGUCAAGAAAGAGAAAGCACGCAAGGACCUUGCCGAGCUCAUUCGCAUGGCGCGAGAAAACGGCGUGCUGCCGCCGGGGGAUUCGAACUUCGAGUGA